UUGUAGAUUUGUAUAAUCUCUGCAAUUGUCAUAUACUAUAGUAUGGCAAGCUUUUGAAAGCUUAGAAUCUAAAUAAAAUAGAUAAUAUUUUGGCGCUUUGGCCGAUAUCGACAUCCAAUUUCGUUGGUGUAAUUCGAUCGGAUUCAUCGUUAGAGUUCUCAAUUUUCUCAGUUGUAAACUUUCACAUAAACAGAUAGUUACUAUGACAUCAAAUUCAGAAGAAAAGGAGUUGUCAGUUAUUGAUUACGUAAUAUUUGCUGGGAUGCUCGCAGUAUCUGCAUUGAUUGGAGUUUUCUACGCGUAUCGUGAUAGAAAGUCAAAAAAUGGGACAAGAGGAUACCUGAUGGCAAACAGGUCGAUGGGGGUUAUUCCAGUUGCAGUUUCCCUGGGGGUGAGCUUUCAAUCCGCAGUAACUGUUCUUGGAAUUCCCGCCGAUGUUUAUCAAUUCGGUAUGAUGUAUAUAUGGUCGGUGUUAAGUUUGAUUCUGGUGACGAUAAUAGUGUCAACGACAUUCAUUCCUACUUUGUAUAAUCUUGGAAUUUCAAGCACAUAUGAGUACUUGGAGAAACGAUACAGUAAAAGCAUGCGACUCAUUACAACAGGGAUAUUCUUAUUGCAAUAUUUUUUAUACAUCGGAAUAAACAUAUAUGGGCCAUCGUUAGCACUCAGUGGAGUGACUGGGUUAAGUUUUCUAUCGGCUAUGUUGUCAACUGGAUUAAUCUGCACAUUCUACACAACGCUGGGUGGAUUAAAAGGAGUAAUAUGGACAGAUGUAUUUCAAGGUUUUGUUAUGUUUAUUGGAAUGCUGACAUUUAUUAUUCGAGGUUGCUUUGUCAUGGGUGGAAUUAGCGAGGUUUGGAAGAUUGCUGAAGCGGGAGGACGAACUGAUAUAUUGAAGUUUGAUGUAGAUCCAAGAAAACGAUAUACAGUGUGGACAGUUGCUGUUGGUUCUAUCAUUCUUUGGAUUGGAAUUUUUGGAACAAAUCAGACUCAAGUUCAAAGAUAUUUGAGUGUUAAAUCGCAAAAUAAAGCAAAAAAAUCCUUAUAUUUGGGAGCAACAAUUAUUGCAAUGUUCUCUACCUUAGCUGUGUUAUGCGGACUUGUGAGCUAUGCUUAUUAUCAUCAAUGCGAUCCAAUAUCGGCAGGUUGCAUCGAUAUAAGAGAUGAGUUGAUGCCGUAUGCAGUGAUGGAUUUGUUUCGUGGCAUGCCCGGAGUUCCUGGAUUAUUUCUCGCCUCUGUAUUUUCGGCUAGUUUGAGCACUGUAUCAUCAGGAUUGAAUGCAAUGGUAACAGUAACUGUGGAAGAUUUUGUCAAACCUCACACAAGAUGGAGUGAACGGAAGUAUACAUGGUUCUCUAAAGCUUUGGGCAUUAUUUACGGUUGCAUGGCACUGGGAAUAUCCUUCCUCGCAUCAGUACUUGGGGACAUAGUAUCAGUCGGAAUUGCAAGCGUCAGUGCCUUUCUCGGUCCAAAUCUCGGAAUAUUUCUUCUCGGAAUAUGGUUUCCUUUUGCGAAUAGUGUGGGAGCAAUAUGUGGGUUUGUAAGCGGCAUAAUCGUGACAAUGACUUUAUUUUUUGGUGGACGAAGUUUAAAAAAAACAAAUUCACUCAUCGGAAUGCUUGAUGUGGGAUUAUCACACUGUCCAGGUGAUUGCGGGUACAUGACUUUCAACAACGUAUCCUACACAUUUGAGGCAAUGAAUCCGGCUCUUACAACAGCUACAUCGAUGUAUGAAGCUAUAUCACCCGCAAGCGAACCUGAAAUUGAUUUUACUCCGAUGGAAAACUUUUUCGCGCUUUCGUAUUUUUAUACAGCAUCAGUAGGGAUGGUCGUUUCAUUGGUUGUUGGAAUUAUUGCAAGUUUGAUGUCAUGUGGUUGGCGUCAGAGACAUACUGUUGAUAUUCAAUUACUUCGUCCUCCAUUUGAAUCCAAUUUCUUUUCUUGUAUUCCCGACAAUAUUCGAUCUUAUCUACGUUGUGGAAUAUAUUGGGAGGAUCAGCAAAAUUAUUCUAAGAAAACGCACAGCAUUGAACGAAGGGCACUCAACGAUGAUAAUAAACUCGAUGAAAAAGUAUAACAGCGAUAUCCUAACUAUAUUUUGAUCAAUAAUUUACAGUCGUGUCUUUAUAUUUUUUUCACCUUCUUCGAUUCUUUUAUAACAUACCACGAGCAUCACAUGUAUACAUACUUUCAUAUAUUCUGUCGUAAUCUCUGCUCUUGUAUUCGGCUUCUAACGUCUAUGUGUAUGAUCUAAAAAUAGAUCGUUUAAAUUAGAAUGACCAUUGACCGUCAGUAGAAAUAUCUGGACUGCAAAAGCGAAUUAACCUGUUCCUUGAAUGCUUCUUUUUUAAUUGCUCUUUCCGUCAUCAUGUUAUGACAUAAUCAUUAUUUUGAUCUUAGUUUUUCAGACAUUGCGUUUCCGCGUUUUAAUUUUUUCUGGCAAAUGAUUGCAUUAAUAAAAAUUUUCGAUACAUCUUCCCAAAA